AUGGCAUCUUCAAACGAGAUCACCGAGCGGGAGGCUCUCACCUCCCGUAUUGUCCCCUCGAUGGUAUUCAGCGACGGCAGUCCCUUAUCGAUGACAGCUGCCCCUAAGGUCCAAAUAGAGAGUGAUCCUUCAGUCGGGGCACAAAAGCGCUUUUCUGUCCGAGGCAACGCAGUUGUUACCGGAGGUGCUGGUACCCUAGGACUUCGGUCCUGUGAUGCCCUCCUCGAACAUGGCCUGGAAGGCCUCAUGAUAUUCGAUAUCAACCCGGCCAACUCGCAGAAAGAAAUCGCCCAAAUGCAGUCAAAAUUUCCAAAUGCUAAGAUCGGCACUCAGAAGGUCGAUGUCACCGAUGAAGAAGCCGUUCGCAUUGCGAUGGAGGAGACCGCCAAGCAGCUCGGAUCUAUCGAUACACUGGUCUCAUUCGUUGGCGUGGUAGGAUGUGUUGACAGUCUUGAAAUGCCUAUCGCGCAGUGGCGAAGAAUUCUUGACAUCAACACCACGGGCUCAUUCAUUUGUGCUCAGGCGGCAGCUCGGCACAUGGUAAAGCAAGGAACGGGUGGCUCGAUUACAUUCGUGGCAUCGAUUUCCGCGCAUCGAGUCAACUAUCCCCAGCCUCAGGUUGCAUACAACGUUAGCAAGUCGGCACUUCUGAUGCUCAAAAGCUGUCUGGCUGCUGAAUGGGCUAGGUAUGGUAUCCGUACCAAUACUGUUAGCCCGGGGUAUAUGGACACAAUCUUAAAUGAAGGCGAUGGCAUUGCUGAGCACCGGCGGAUUUGGGCUGAGCGAAACCCCAGUGGUAGAAUGGGAAGUCCGUCAGAGUUGACAGGAACGAUUGUUCUACUUGCCAGCAGUGCUGGCACAUAUAUAAACGGUUCCGAUAUUGUUGUUGAUGGGGGCGCCACUGUACUUUAA